AUGGCGCCUAAUCCCUACCUCCUAGCCGCCGACAGCCCGGAUGCCCUGCUCACCCUCCUCCGCGAGAACCCCGCCGUCGCCUCGGGCCAGGAUGAGCACGGCUACUCCCUCGUCCACGCCGCCGCGAGCUACAACCACCUCGAGCUCCUCCGCGCGCUGAUUCGCGAGUUCAACGUCAACGUCGACAUCAAGGACGAAGAUGAGGAGACUGCGCUCUUCGUCGUCGAGACCGUUGCUGCUGCGAAGUGUCUAGUUGAGGAACUUGGCGCCGAUAUCAACGCCAAGGGCGCCGACGGCAUCACUGCCAGCCAAAAGAUUGAGGGCGAGGGAGAUUACCCCGAGGUUGCCGAGUACCUGCAGGGCAUCGAGACACAGAGAACCGCCUCCGCCGCCGCCGCUGCAGAAGCUGCCGCUCCGACUUCUUCCACCACUACCGAUACCGCCGCCCCGCCCAUCGACAUGCCGCCCGUCCCCGAAGGUCUCGCCGUGACCCUCGGCACAAUGGACCAAGCUGAAGAAGUCCCCACCGAUGUCGACCCAGAGUUCAAGCGCCGCAUAGAGCAGCUGGCGGAGAGGGAGGAUUUCCACACAGCUACAGGCCAAGCCGAGCUGCGCCGCCUCAUCGAGGAUGCCGUCCUCGGCCAGGACUUGGGCGACGAGCGUAGUGUGCGUCAGAAGCAGGGCUAA